AUGACCGCCCCGGCAACGCCAGCAGCUUCGGCCACAACAACAACAGCAGCAGCCCCUGGUGCCCCAGCGCUCCCGGCACGGCCGUCGAGUUUAACAAACGCAAAUGCCAACCGCUUCGGUGCCGCCGCGACAACGGCUGGCGGCGCGUAUGGAGCCUACAAUCGACCGCCUGGCUACGGUAUGGGCGCCGGCUAUGGGGCAAUGAGUUCAUACUCAUCACCAUAUAGCCGAUUCGGAGGUUAUGGUGGCAGCAUGUACGGCGGUGGGAUGGGAAUGGGAAUGGGAAUGGGUGGGCUUGGUGGUUUUGGAGGAAUGGGUGGAUACCCAGGCGGAGACCCCAAUGACCCAAGCAGCCUUACCCAAGGCAUGCAGAAUAGCACCGCUGCGACUUUCCAGAUGAUUGAGAGCAUCGUUGGUGCUUUUGGUGGGUUCGCUCAGAUGCUUGAAUCGACAUAUAUGGCGACACACUCUUCGUUUUUUGCUAUGGUACAAGUCGCCGAGCAAUUCGGAAACCUCAAAAAUACCCUCGGCUCCAUUCUCGGAAUUUUCACAAUGAUGCGGUGGGCCCGCAUUGCCCUUGCCAAACUCACUGGCCGACCUCUACCUGCAUCAGCAAGCGAGUUGACGGCCUCCAACUUUGCCGCCUUCGACGGUGUUAACGGAAAGAGCGGCCGAGCAGGUGUUCCUAAGCCAUCGAAGAAGCCAUUUUUCUUUUUCAUUGUCGCUGUAUUCGGAUUGCCCUACCUCAUGGGUAAACUUAUCCGUGCCCUCGCCAGCCGACAGGAAGCCGAGGAGCGAAGAAGGAUUGAGGCCGCUGGUGGCCCCGAAAUGUUUGCUGCAGGCGGUGCAGCCAGCAUGGACCCCACCAAGCUCGAGUUUUGCCGCGCAAUGUUCGACUUUACACCUGAGGUUCAGGGUGGAGUUGAAUUGGACGUGAAGAAGGGGGAUCUCGUUGCUGUCUUGAGCAAAUGCGAUCCCAUGGGCAAUCCAUCGCAGUGGUGGAAGUGCCGUGCCAGAGAUAGCAGAGUGGGGUAUCUUCCAAGUCCCUACUUGGAAGUUAUCACCCGGAAGAAUGAGCUUGCUGCCGCAAGUGGUGCGAAGCAAAUCACAGACGGCUCAGCAAGCAGAACAGCAACAAUGACAAGCGAGAUGGCGGGAGAAAUGGUAAAAGACACAAAGCCAGGCGAUAUUAGUAUCGAGAGCUUUCAGAAGAGCCAAUUUUUCUCGUCAUAA